UCCCCCAGAGCUCAGCUCUCGGCCCAUUCCUUGUCUCGCGGUUUCCGAUUCUGCGCAGUUGAGCCUGAUCCGCCUCGGCUGAGCUUUUGAGAGUUGUGCGGAAAACCCGAUGAAGUCCAGAAAACUUGUAACAAAGUAGCGAUCUGAGCAACGAUGAGUGGAUCUGUUGUCGACAACACCGUGUCACCGGGCAAUUCUUCGGUUGCGAUUCCGACAGACAUCAGCGGGCAAAUAUUAGAUCUAGACGAAGACGAUGACUUGGAAGUUUUCAGUAAGGAUUUGACUCUAACAGACGGCAGCUCUUUCAACGCCUCCAUGCAGACCUCCCCUGCUUCAAUGAUCAACCAGUACAAGUUUGAGGAAGACGCUGAAGACACUAAAGAUAUUUUUGUCACGGUCGAUAACCCAGAGAGUCAUGUAACGGCUAUUGAGACAUACAUAACCUACCGGGUGGUGACCAAGACCACACGGAGCGAGUUUGACUCGAGUGAGUUUGAGGUGCGAAGACGAUACCAGGACUUCCUGUGGUUAAAGGGACGUCUGGAAGAAGCUCAUCCCACGCUUAUUGUUCAUCCACUGCCUGAGAAGUUUGUGGUGAAAGGAAUGGUGGAGAGGUUUAAUGAAGAUUUCAUCGAGACGAGGAGCAGGGCGCUGCACAGGUUUUUGAACAAAAUAGCAGAACAUCCCAUUUUCUCCAGCAGUGAGGAUUUUAAGAUCUUUCUCACUGCAGCAUCUGGGGAGUUGUCCUCUCAUAAGAAACAAGGUCCGGGGUUUCUGAGCCGGAUGGGGGAUACGGUCAAAGCCGUCGCUGCUGCGGUCAGAGGGGUCAGAAACCGGCCUCUGGAGUUCACAGAAAUGCAGGAGUACGUGGAUGCUUUCAGUCAGAAGAUCAGCUCGCUUGAUAAAGUCACUCAAAGGAUCGUCAGAGAGCAGAAGGAGUAUCUGGACGAGCUGAAGGAGUCUGGGCCGACAUACGCGCUGUGGUCACAAUCAGAGGAGGAGCUGGCCGAGCCCCUGAGGAACGUGGCAGGCUGUGUGGACAGAUGCUGCAAGGAGACAGAGGAGCAGGUCAAGAAUCUCAAUGAUCACCUGAUUCCAGUCCUUCAUGAGUACGUCCUCUGCGCAGACACACUCAAGGCGGUCCUCAGAAGGCGAGACAACAUCCAGGCGGAUUUCGAAGCCAAGACUGAGGCUCUUGCCACAAAGAAGGCCGACAGAGACACGGAGUCUAAGGUGCUGAGUUUAGCAUGGGACAGCUUGGUGGGACGAUCCCCUGAGGAGGUCAAACAGCAGAAACAGCAGAAACUUAAGGGCGAGAUUAAUGAGAUGAGAGAUGAUCUGGAUAAGGCAGAGGACCGGCUGGAGUGGGCAAAUAAUGCACUCAAAAGCGACUGGACCCGCUGGCAAAAGGUCAUGAGGACUGACCUACGAUCAGCCUUCGUCGACACAGCAGAGAGGAACGUCAGCUACUAUGAAAAGUGUUUGGCUGUAUGGGAGUCGUUCUUGCAUUCUCAAAGGACAGACGCUGAAGGAAAUGGAAAUGUUGACUUUUCCUAAUCUCUCAUGGUGCUUUUAUCUGAACGGGACCACCAAAGACGCUUUUAUUCCUGCAGAAGCCAAUAAGAUUCAUAUUUAGAGACCGAGGCACCAAAGAGAGGGACAGUCACCCUGUACAAACAUAUCCAAACAUUUACCCACUCAACCAGAGAGAUCGAAAGGAGAAUUUCUUUCUGUCAUCAGUAUGACUCGCAUUUGAAUUCUUUUGAUAAUGGGAAAAAAUAAUGUUGCCAAAUCUUUUAUACUGAGAUCAAUUUUUCAUUUUUGAUUAUAUAAAUACAACACAUGAGAUGAAAAAAAAGUAAUGCAAUUCCUGGAAGAUGAAGAUGCAUGCAUUAUGGCUUUAUUGCAUCAUCUGACCUUUCUAGUAAGGAUUUUAUCCAUAUGAUGUUUGCUAUUUCAUAUGUCCUGCCCUUUUGCAGAUCAAUGCAAAUGCUUUUUACCUCUUAUCAGAGCUGCCUCGAUGCAAAAACCAGUCAAUUAGAGUAUAAAUAAAUAUAAAUGCACUCUGAAUGGAUGCAUUUCUUGCAUUGGACUGAAUUCAUCAUUGUGCUAUUCCAUUCAGGUUACUGAAGCUGCAUCUUUAUGCAAAAAAAUCAUAUAUUAAAGAUGCUGACAUUCCAGAAUGUUUACAUGUUAUUGUAGUGCAUAAAGCAAAAGAAUUUACCUGCCGCCUUUUAAUGUGAAUUGAGUGUAUUGUUUUAGAUUCUUCCAUAUGAUUUAAUGCGGUGCACUAAUUUCAUAAAGUAAUAAAUUGCAACCUGAUUUAAAACCGCUUUUAAAGAUUAGUAGUGAAUUUAAUGUCUUGGAUGUAUUCUUGGAAUAGCUGUAAAGAAAGUUAUUGAAAAGAUGAUUGAAAGAA